AUGAAAAAUCUUUCUUCAAAAACUUCACUCUCCUGUGCUGAAGAUCUUCCUGAUGUCAAGCCACCUCAUCCGUGUCAAGCCAAAGCUGACACGAUCGACAUUUUGGACGGAGCUCUCGUUUUGACGGAAGAAAUCAGCCGAAAGAGGGCGAAAUUCAACGUUGUCUGCGAUGAUGGAACUGUGAAAGGCGAAGUCAUCUGUGCAAAGCAGAAGAAAGGCGUGUUUUUCAAAGCGCCGACUUGGAGCGAUCAGAUCACGUGGCAAGACUCUUGGACAGGAAUUUGCAGAGAGUUCGCCCCACUGAGCAACUCGAUCAGCCCUGGUCUUCAAACUUGCUCCGAGUCGGAGAACUUCCCCGAACUGGCAGGUCCUAUGGGAAAAAUCGUCGGUGGAGUCCAAGUCCUCGAGAAUGAGUGGCCUUGGAUUGCUCAGUUGAAGUUCGACUUAAAUGAUGGGCAGGAGAGACUUUGCGGAGGAAGCGUCAUUGCCAAUAGAUGGGUCAUCAGCGCCGCCCAUUGUUGUCUGGACGUUCAGAGAGUCGUCGGGCGGUUCGGAGAUUUGAAGGCGAUGGAAUCUGACAGCAACGAAUACGAGCUCGAAGCCAGCGCCUGGUUCAAUCAUGCCGAGUACGACCAUUAUGCCUAUGAUAAAAACAACGAUGUCUGCCUGAUCAAAUUCAACGACGACAUCAUCGCUAGUGACCCAGACAGCAAAGUUCAAGCUGCUUGUCUCCCAAAAGCAGACAAGCAACAUGGCGCCGGUUGCUGGGUUGCUGGCUGGGGAUCUCAAUUUUUCGGGGGAUUUGCAAAUCCAGAUCUCCACUCUGUUGGAGUGAAUGUCUUCAGCGCUGAAUACUGCAUUGCGAAUUCCCCCUCGAUCUUCUUCCUCGAAGCUGACGACAUCUGCGCCUACAAACCAGAUCUAAAUGGCGAUGGAAUGCUCGAUGGUGGUGCCGCCGCUUGCAACGGAGAUUCCGGCGGACCUCUCAUCUGCCCAACCAAUGGAAAAGCAACUCUGGUCGGUCUCGUUUCAAGAGGAAUCGGCUGCGCCUGGGCAGGAUUUCCGAAUAAGUACACUUCGACCUUCGUUACUUCUAGUUGGAUCCAAGAGACUGUCGCCGCAAACGGACUUUAA